AGUGCCACUGCAGCUUUCGAAACAAGCUUUGCGCAUGGUCCCAAAGCGCGCUGUCCUCUCCGUGGUGGAUCUACCAGCGGAUACAUUCAGGACCAUCCUUGCCUUUUUUUUGCCCCAGAAUCGUUAGAAAUCUCCGUUCCCUCAUCUAAACUCUUGGCCAUGCUUCGGAACUCACAAACUGUUAAUAAGGUAACUUUGGAUGUGAAAGUCCGUGCGCCUCCAGCAGCAAGCGGGCUGAGACUUUGUAUCGGAUGUCCUGAUGAGAGAUCCAAUUGACACAGCGGCUGCCAUGGCUUACCAUCCUUUCCAAGCUCAUCGACCGGGUGCCUUGCCCUUGUCAGCCUUCGUUGCCGCCGCGCAGCCCUCGUUUUUCCCUGCGCUCACUUUCCCAGAAGUCGCAUCCCUGUCCGAACCUCUGGAAGCGGGGCUGCACGCAGCUCUGGGACGCCAACAUCAGCCAGUUCACCCGCGGUCCUUAAAGAGCCUGCAGUCAGAUGAAGGGCAGGAUGAUGACCCGAAAGUCACUCUGGACUCACAGAAUCUAUGGAGUGAAUUUCACAAAAGGGGGACUGAGAUGGUUAUUACAAAAUCAGGAAGGAGGAUGUUUCCACCUUUCAAAGUGCGGGUAGACGGGCUGGAUGAAACAGCAAAAUAUAUCCUGCUUAUGGACAUUGUCGCCGUUGAUGACUGCCGCUACAAGUUUCACAACUCCGGCUGGACUGUGGCUGGGAAGGGCGACCCGGAGAUGCCAAAGCGCAUGUACAUCCACCCGGACAGUCCGUCCAAAGGAGAGCAGUGGAUGAGCAAGCCCGUUGCUUUUCAUAAACUCAAACUCACUAAUAAUAUUUCGGACAAACAUGGAUUUACCAUUUUGAACUCAAUGCAUAAAUACCAACCCAGAUUUCAUGUUGUGAGAGCCAACGACAUCAUGAAGCUUCCCUACAGCACUUUCCGGACUUAUGUUUUCCCUGAGACCGAGUUCAUUGCUGUCACUGCGUAUCAGAAUGAAAAGAUUACACAGCUAAAAAUCGACAACAAUCCCUUUGCCAAAGGAUUCAGAGACACUGGAAAUGGGAAACGAGAAAAGAGGAAUAAGCAGUUAAACAUCUCUUCAUUGCACGAGAAUCGAAGCAAAGCGGACCAGGACUGUGCUGAUUCUGAUGACUCGUGUGAGCAACCCAGUACCAGUGAUCCUUUGUAUUCCCCUUGGGAGCUGGUGAGCAGCCCUCUGAUGUCCACACCAACCUGUCAAGAUGAAAACAACAUUGGAAGUGAUUCAGAUGAUGAUCUACAAGAUGAGGAUGCUGCUGAAACCGGCUCUUCCAGGACUGAACAUAUGUCUGCUCUGAGUCAGAAGAGUGAGGAGAUACUGUGGAAGUCAGCUCUCACUAUGAGCAAUGGCAAUCAGGACACAACAAAAGACAGAACAAUGUUUAGAAUGUCGGAUGAUAUGUACUCGGUGGAGGUCGAUUCUUCCAAAAACCAAAUGAGUGAAAUCAAAGAUGGGGUCUUGCCUUUGGUGAGUUCAUUAUCCCUCAGCGCUGGACACCUUCAGACUUUGGAUUUCUCAAGUGCGCACAGCCAACAGUUUCUUAAACUUGGGGCACCUUUGUUGUUUAAUCCUGGACAGUUGUCAGUGAAGCCAGAGGCUUUUUCCACCACGGGUAUGGGACAUCUGUUUUCUUCUUUGCCUGGAGUAAAUAACCUAGAAAAUGGAGGCCUUUCUUCUCAAAGCAUCACCUCUCCAUCUCCCUUCAUGUUUCAACUGUCACAACAUAUGCUGGCAUCUCAGGGAAUCUCACUGUCACCCUUUGGAGGACUGCUCUCCUAUCCAUAUCGCUACAUGGCAGCAUCAGCCGCAAUAGCUCCAGCUCUUCCCACCUGCUCUGCAACUUCUACGCUGGCUAGUAACCACUGUUUCCGCAGCCCUCGACCUUGGUUGCGAUUCAGCCCUUAUCAGAUCCCCAACUCCGUCACCUCGAGCCAAAACCACCUGCGUACUACCAGAUCGCCCGGCAGUUCAAACUCACAAUCUGAGCUGUCUAAAUCAGGAAGCAGAAACUCAAGUCCAGUGUCUGACAAUCACAGUCACAAAAGCAAGGCUAAGCAGAAGUCUGCACCAUCGAGAAACACUGUGAAGGGUUCCAUGAAUGAACUGCAAAAUAUACAUAAUCUGGUGAGAGGACUUGAUAGACCACUUCCUCCACAAUAGAUAGGUGGAUAUUUGGUGAUCGUCACACAGACAAGUUUAUAAAGCUGCACAUAAUGAUCACCAAAAAUAAAUAACCGGCAGAAACUGCAUGUUUUGCUGCUAUUUAACUUGGUAUUAUCUCAAUAAACUUGCCUAAUAAACACUGAUUUGAUGAUUUUCAGGUCAAAAGACACCUAGACCUUUAUGUCAACACUAGGCCUAAGUAUAUUCACUAUCUUUCAGUGAAGCCGCUUCUAACUACGUUAGAAUAUAGUCAUUUCAGUACUUUGGUUAUAUGCAACCUAAAUGUCUAACAACGCUUUCACUUAUUCAACCACAUUUAGCCCAGUUUUAACCUAGACAUCAGGGUCUUUUGAUUUGCAAUUAAAAUGAAAGAUGGUCCCUGGAAUUUCUUUGGGGAAACCGAGCUAUGCAAAACUCUGCCCAAAGUGGAAUGCUCUAUAAGGAAAAUAAUGUGCUUUAACCAUGAAUAAACAGUUUUUUAUUGCUUUAUUCUGUAUGAUGAUGUAAAUAUUUUGUCAUUUUUAUUUUCACGUACAUGUAUAAAACACACCUAAUCAAAGCCUGCCAAUGAGAUGUGAAGACAUUAUAUACCACCUAUUCACACUUUCACAUUCUGUUGAUGCCCCAAAUCCGCACCAUGGAAAACUCAGGAUUGUUUUUUUUAUUUUUUUAACCAGCAAUUGUAAAAUGUCUUCAGUAAUCUUGCAGGUUGUCUGCCAAAUUAUUCAGGUAAAUUGUUUUUUGUGUGCUUUUUUUUCACAAUUUAAAUAAAAUCUUCACAAUUCAUACAGUUGUCUUAAUAUGUUUACACUAUAUGGAAAUAGUAUUGUUGAUGUUAAAUAGCACAUUACAUAUGCAGAUGUCUUUUGUCAGAUAUCACAUUACGUAUGCACUCUGCAUAGAAAUGUACUUGCUGUGUUAAACACUGUUCUUACACACAAUAAAUACAAAACUAAAAAAAUA